CAUUAUUUUACAUACUUAUACAUAUAUAUUCGUUCAUGGAUACGUGUUAUACACGUGUCCACCAUUGAAAAGAUUGAGACAUUUCAUUAGAACUGCAUUAGUUUACAAACAGUAUAUAUAGAUAUUAUUUAUAUUUCAGUUAAAUACAAUAUGAAAACCUUAAUAGUGGCGUAUUUUAUUUUGUUUGUAAAUGUUUUUGUUGAAUCUACAAAGGUUGAUAUCAAGCUUUUAAAAUGUUUAGUUUGUAGAUCGACUGUAACAGAAUUUGAAAGAGAAUUAGCAAAGAUUGAUCCUUCAAUAGAAAUUGAAGUAGGAAAUUAUAGAUUAGAUGCAGAAGGAAAUGCAAUUCACAAAAAGAUUCCACUUGCUGAAUCUGAAGUGCAUAUGUCUGAUAUGUUGGAUAAUAUUUGUAAUAAAAUGUCAGAUUAUGUUAAAGCAACAUAUAAAUCAAAUGGUCAGUUAACAAUUUUGAAUCUUAUGACUCCAGCUGGUACCAUGAAUCCUGAAAUGGGUAAGGUUGAUAUCAUUCAAGAUGGUGAUUUCAAUAAAAGUUUAAAAUAUUAUUGUGAGGGAGUGAUAGAGGAGUUUGAAGAUUCUAUAAUUUCUCUGUUUACUCGUAAAGAGAAUAAUAUUAAAAGACAGUUAUGUACAAAUAUUGCAAAACUAUGCAAUCCUACUAAUUUCAGUCAUGAAGAUGAUGAAAAUAUUGAGCAAAGUGAUAUGGAUGAAGAUCAUGAUGAAUUGUAAUAGUACUCGGAAAGAAAUGAUACAUUUGUAUCACUUUAUUUUUGAUAUUCAAAAUUUAUUUAAAUAUUGUAAUAUGUUUGAAGAAA